AUGGAGACUUCAAGUUCUAGCGGGCAAUUAUUAUAUGGACCCGAAGACCCGUCCUUGCUAAAUAUGCAGAAACAUCACAUUUCACAUAAACUCAUGAAAGAGGGCACAACCCAAGUAUUUAAGGUCCGAAGGACAGAAAGCAAGACUUGGGACGUCGAAAUUCACGAGAAUGUUAGAUAUUGGCUUGACGUCUUUGGUUUCAAAGGCGUGAUCGAUUGUGGGAAGCCCAUGAAGGUGGACAAUGAGCUGAUCACGUCGUUGAUUGAGCGUUGGAGGCCGGAGAUGCACACUUUCUAUCUACCAAUCGGUGAGGCGACGAUCACCUUGGAAGAUGUGCAAGCCAUUUGGGGCUUGAGGGCGGAGGGUCGCGUCUUCACAGGGCGUGACUAUCAUGACAACUUUCCUGAUUGGACCAACAAGUGCCGCGAUCUGUUGGGAUGGAUACCAGAUACUUCCACAGAGACAAAGCAAGGCGGUUUGCUAAUGACCGCGCUGAACAACCAGACAAGGAUGCCUCUGGGUGAUGACCUACCUACGUACGUAUACAUCCAAAGGGCACGUAUCCAUGCCCUAAUUUUAUUAGGAGGUCUCAUUCUACCGGACACCACGGGGUGUAAGGUGCCAUUUAUGUGGUUGAAUGGGCUUGGGGAUCUGGAAGAGGUGAAGACUAUUAGUUGGGGAAGUGCGACAUUGGCCUACCUUUAUCAUUAUCUGUGCGAGGCUUCCAUGGAUAAGAGAAAAGAGUUGGGCGGGCCUAUGAUCCUUCUGCAGCUAUGGGCGUGGGAAAGAAUGCCCACAUUGAGGCCUGCAUUCAUAGGACCAGUUGUGCACGAGCCAUAUACACCAUGUGGCGCCAGGUAUAUAUCUAAAUACAAUCUCUAA